AUGGGUUUCAUUGAGGACGAGCUCAAGCAGCUUAAGGAUGUCAUCAGCACCAUCGACACGCGUAUCAAAAAGCUCGAGGCGCGAGCUACCGGCGGUCCUGUUUCUACCGAGGAGAUCCGAAUGAUCCUCAUCGGCCCCCCUGGUGCUGGAAAGGGUACCCAGGCCCCCAAGAUCAAGGAGCGCUUCUCCUGCUGCCACCUGGCUACUGGUGACAUGCUGCGAUCUCAAGUCGCUAAGAAGACCCCUCUCGGUGUCGAGGCCAAGAAGAUCAUGGAUGCGGGCGGUCUGGUCAGCGACGAGAUCAUGAUUGGUAUGAUCAAGGAGGAGCUCAACAACAACAAGGAGUGCCAGGGCGGCUUCAUUCUCGACGGUUUCCCCCGAACUGUCCCCCAGGCUGAGGGUCUCGAUGCUAUGCUCGCAGAGCGCAAGCAGAAGCUCCAGCACGCCGUCGAGCUCCAGAUCGACGACUCUCUGCUCGUUGCCCGUAUUACUGGCCGAUUAGUCCAUCCCGCUUCCGGUCGCUCAUACCACACCACCUUCAACCCUCCCAAGGAGUACAUGAAGGAUGACAUUACUGGCGAGCCUCUUAUCCAGCGAAGUGACGACAACGCCGAUGCUCUCAAGAAGCGCCUUGUUACCUACCACAAGCAGACCAAGCCUGUCGUGGGCUACUACCAGAAGACCGGUAUCUGGAGCGGCCUCGACGCCAGCCAAGAACCCGGACAAGUGUGGAAGAACAUGCUCAAGGUUCUUAACGAGAAGCGACGACAGAACUAG